UCGUAUCACAGAUGCAAACAGGCGUAAUUAAAUGACUCGCGGUGUGAAAUGCAGUGAUGCUCCGCGUGCGAUAAUUCAACGGGUGUCGACAUGAGCCACACGCCUUCUUUGUAACGCAUUGCAUUCAGCAUUUAGCUUUUAUUCCUUAUAUUACGUGCUGUUCAUUGGAAGCUUUUCGUUCAUCAGGAUUCAUCUCUGGGAUAUCAACCAAACAUCGUACUGUUAAUCACUGUAAGGCUUGUACAGAAAAGGAGGGCAAACGUACAGGGAUCUUCAGCAAGACAAUGAAUGAUGGAGCCAGUGGGCGGCCCAGGGGCCAGCAGAAGUUCUGCAGUUUGGAUGUGGAUGAGGAGAAACACAUAAGUUCGUGUAGCAUGGACGUUAAAGAAAACCGCAACCUGGACAACCUCUCCUCCAAGGAAGCGCUGGGGGAGGGGCCUCACGUAGCCAAUGGGAGCACUCGGGGAUUGAGCAGGAAACGCCCACUGGAGGAGGGCAAUAAAGGCCACGGACACUCCAAAUUCCGCCCCAAGAAGCGCAGGAAACCGCAAGGGCCGGUCUUGCCGAAAAAUGCUCUCAUGCAACUGAAUGAAAUCAAACCGGGACUGCAGUAUAAACUUCUGUCGCAGACGGGGCCGGUACACGCACCCGUGUUCGUUAUGACCGUCGAGGUCAACGGACAAUUGUUUGAGGGCUCCGGCCCAACAAAGAAGAAAGCCAAACUGAAUGCAGCCGAAAAAGCACUGCGCUCUUUUGUUCAGUUCCCCAAUGCAUCCGAAGCUCAUCUCGCGAUGGGUCGCACGCUGACCGUUAACACGGACUUCACCUCGGAUCAAGCUGAUUUCCCGGACAUGCUUUUUAACGGUUUUGAGACGCCCGCACAGCCCGAUGAACCCUUCUACCUGAGUCUCGGCAGCAAUGGGUCUGUCUGCUCUCUAAACAAAUACCCUCUCUAUGUGACUCUGAAAAACAACAACAGGUUACAUCCUUCUCUCCCACUACCCCCUGCACUCACAACGCCCCCUACAGGCAGUGGCAAGAAUGCAGUGAUGAUCCUAAAUGAGCUUCGGCCGGGACUGAAGUAUGAGUUCGUGGCAGAGAGCGGUGAAAGCCAUGCCAAGAACUUCAUAAUGGCAGUUACAGUGGAUACGCAGAUCUUCCAAGGGUCCGGCCGGAAUAAAAAACUGGCGAAAUCGAGGGCAGCCCAAGCGGCAUUGUCAGGUCUCUUUAACAUGCAACUGGACCAGACGCCAUCUCGACAGCCAAUCCCCAGUGAGGGACUUCAGCUACACCUGCCUCAGGUCCUCGCAGAUGCCGUCUCUCGUUUAGUUGUGGAAAAGUUCAGCGAGCUGACUGACAACUUCACGUCUCCACAUGCACGGCGGAAAGUCCUUUCAGGUGUUGUCAUGACAACCGGUACGGAUGUGAAGGAUGCUCAGGUGAUUUGUGUCACCACGGGAACCAAGUGUAUAAACGGAGAGUACAUGAGUGAUCGAGGACUAGCUCUUAACGACUGCCAUGCUGAGAUCAUCGCACGCCGUUCUCUCCUCAGAUACCUGUACAGUCAGCUGGAAUACUUCCUCAGCGACAGCACUGAAGAACAUGAGAAAUCCAUAUUCAGAUGGUGCAGUGAACAUGGCUACCGGCUAAAAAACGAUAUUCAGUUCCAUCUGUAUAUCAGCACGUCGCCCUGUGGAGACGCCCGGAUUUUCUCCCCUCAUGAGGCUGCUGCCGAAGACCAGGGUGAUCGGCAUCCAAACCGCAAGGCCCGUGGACAAUUGCGAACCAAGAUUGAAUCUGGAGAAGGUACUAUACCCGUCCGUACGAGUAACACCAUUCAGACCUGGGAUGGAGUCUUGCAAGGAGAGCGACUGUUAACUAUGUCAUGUAGCGACAAGAUUGCAAGAUGGAACGUGAUUGGAGUGCAGGGAUCUCUUCUGAGUUACUUUUCAGAACCCAUCUAUUUUUCCAGUUUAAUUUUGGGAAGUCUGUAUCAUGCCGACCAUCUUUCCAGAGCCAUGUACCAGCGCAUCUCAGACAUGGAAGAUCUGCCCCCACCGUUCACCCUUAACAGACCCCUUCUUAGUGGUAUUAGUAACACAGAAGCAAGGCAACCUGGGAAAGCUCCCAACUUCAGCGUCAACUGGACGGUUGGAGAUCAGGGGUUGGAGGUCAUUAACGCUACCACUGGGAAAGAUGACCUUGGAAGACACUCUCACCUCUGCAAACAUGUUCUCUACAGUCGCUGGGUCUGUCUGCAUGCCAAGCUCAGUGAGACUCUGCGGAUCCGAGGAUCUCGUCCGGGCUCCUACCACGAGGCAAAACAAGCGGCAGUGGACUAUCACGCAGCUAAACAAGCUCUCUUCAAAGCUUUCAACAUAGCGGGACUGGGAGCGUGGGUUGAAAAGCCCAUCGAACAAGACCAGUUUUCCCUCACCCCUUAAGAUAAACCGAGAGAAAGGGAUUGUCUGCAAAAGAUCUUUUGUACAUUUACAUGGAAUGCAAGGUUUUAAUCUAACCUCCAAUGUUGUCACUUUUUUUGCUUCUGUUAUUAUUGCAAGUCGCUCAUUUUCUUAUCUAUAAUAACAUGUUUAUGUUCACUCAGAAAAUGGCUGGCUUAAAAAGAACCCAACUGGAAACUUGGUGCUGGGUAAAAAGCUAGACAACAUGUUGCGCUAAACAAACCCACACAGUUAACCCUAUUGACUAUGGCCACAUAGUAUACAUUUGAAAACAACGUUUUUAUUUCAAAGAGUUCCCUGUCCACACUAGCGUUUUCCAAAAGUUGCUCAUCCAUCCCCAUUGAAACGUCUGAAAAUGCUUAAAUCACAUUACUACAGAGCAGACUUAAAAAGUUGUACGUCCAAGUCGCAAUCAAAUUAUGUCAUUAUGUUUUGCCGCAGGACAACAAUUGCGUGUACAUUUUCAGUCAUCUUUGUAGGAAUGCAGUAUGAAGACUGUACAUACAGUAUAUGAUAUAUAGCAGGCACACAAUGCCUAUCAUCAUAUGGUAUAACCAUAGAUAUCAAUCGAUACAAUAUGCGUAAACGUGUCAUCGUUUUCAAAUACCUCAGUUUUUACAAUCAACACUACAACGCAAAAACAGCGUUUUAAAAUGUAUCCACUUGCGAGUGAGUUUUCAAAAAGCUCCGUCUUUGUUGAAAAAAUAAAAACAAAAACGCUGUAUUAAAGGGUUAGUUCACCCCAAAAUUAUUCAAGGCCAAUAUCUGAUUAACCAGUCCAUGCGUAGCUAAAAAUAAUCGAACAAAAAUACCCAACUCUGCAUUUAGGUAAAAUCAAAUAACCCAGCAUUUUUAAGAGUUUUUUUAUUUGUAAAUGUAUUUCUAUGUGUAUGUUUUUGUCUAAAACAAUAUUUCCGCUUAACUGUAAUUGUAACAAUUUAGUUUUCCGUUUAAAUUGAUUAUUUUGUCACCCAAUUUCUCUUUUAAUGUUAAGAACGCAAAACUAUUUUAUUGACUAAAUGACACUAAUCACUAGCCUGGUUAAAACCAGACCAUUCUCAGUUGUAACUGAGUUAUGGUCGAGCAAAUCGUCAUAGACGAAUCAUUUCCAGAGGGGCGUCACCAACGGACGUCGUGGGUAUGGUUCGACCUAAAACCAAUCAGAGCGAUGAAGGAG